CCCACUCAGGUCGACAUCAUUCGGCCAACAUGUCUCUCCAGAUCGCCUUCGUCUUCGCCUCCCUGGUGGUGCUGGCCUUCGGCGACCGCGCCCCGGUCUACGGAGCUCCCCCAACCUAUGCCCCUCCUGCCUACGCCGCACCGGUACCGAAAUACGUAGCCCCCGUCUCCUACAACGAGCCUGUCUACCCUGAUGAACCCCCCAAGUACACCUUCAACUACGGCGUCGCCGACGACUACUCCGGCGCCAACUUCGGCCACAGCGAGUCCCGCGACGGCUACAACACCCAAGGCAGCUACACCGUCAACCUCCCCGACGGACGCAUCCAGACCGUCACUUACUACGACAACGGCGACGGCCUCGUCGCCGAGGUGACUUACCAGGGAGAGGCCGUCUACCCAGAAUACGCGCCUGCGUACAAACCCGCUCCAGCUUACAAGCCAGCUCCGGCUUAUGAACCAGCUCCAGCCUACUCUGCUCCUAUCAUCCCCGCCUAUGCAUAAACGGCUUUAAUUACCCUAGGAAAUACUAUUUAUUUUUAUGAGGUUUAUUAUUGCUUCUGCUCUACUCUACAACGUGGCUUGACGGAUGACGACACGUGCCAUCGAAUAAAUAAAUAUUUUGUUUA